AUGUACUAUUCGAACAACGGUCAGCCGGUUUCCCAUCCGAAGAUCCGUCGCGGAGGAUCUCUUUCGCAGCGGAAAGACUCUCGGACCACCCAGGAGCGGUUUGGCCAAAAUCCUCAUGCUCCGGUCGCCGAGCUCACUGAAGUCUUUUCAAAUUUGGUUGGGAUUGUUUUUAGAGCUUUAUUGAACGUUCAAACUUGCUUCUUUUUAAAAAAAAAGUUUUUGUGCAGGAAUAUAAGUUUUCGUCUAGUAGAAGUUGAUCUGAAAAAUAAACAUCUGAACCUCGAUUUUUUGCCUUUCGAAAUCUAUGAAGAAGAACUUUGAACUGCUUUUUUCCACAGGAAGCUUUAGAUUGUGAAUAUUGGAUUUUUCCUAUCAAUUAAUUUGAUUCUUGGAAAAAAAAUAGCCAACAGACAGCCGGCUGAAUUUUAUCUGAAGCGAAGAUCAGAAAAAAAUUUUUAACUUUUAAUUGUAAUUUUUUUCUUAAGAUCGAAGUCCGUUUUUUUGAUGCUUUUUCCAAUCAGAAGACGUACCUUUAAAAUUACAUAGAUUGCAAGAAGGUUUUUUUAUUUGAAUUAUACCAAAUUUCUCACAGGAAUAUGUGACUUUUGUGUUAGUUUCCUAUUUUUCAAGUCUGAAUAAUUUCGCAAAAAAAACUCCUGAAUCGCCAGUUAUGUUCAAAGUUCAAAUUAAAAACUUUAGAUCUCUAAAACUUGAAUCGAAUCACGAUUUUUACGACUAAAAUAGCUUUUAUUAUUGGGCCAUUGACAGCCGGCUGUCAAGUUUGCGUGUAUUUUUCAGCUCAAAUAUUGAGUUCUUUGAGAAACAUUUAAAAAAUGAUCACAUGUUUUUUUCCGGAGUUUAGCCACCACUUUUUUUAUAUUUAUAAAAUUAUUGAGAUUUUCAAGGUAUAUAUGUCGCAAGGAAUUUUCCUUCGCCAUGAAUUUCGGACUUGUUCCGAGAAAGGAGUAUGUUUUUAGUAUCCUCUAAAAUAGCAAAUAGAACAUGAUUUAUACUUAUUUUUGAUCCAGAGAAUUCAGAUUUUUUUUUCUAGAAAAACUCAGGUUUAAGCUGUGAUUACCAUUUUUAAUUCGACAAAUUAUCAAUCAUUAUGUAGCAUCGGAUAAACGCAGAGAUUUUUUAAAUGAAAAGAUGGUUGAAAUUGAAAUUUUUAUAUUUUUUUUCAAUCUGUAACUUGUUCAGGGACUCCAACACGAUAGUGGCAACCAUUCCGUUGCCAGUUUCUCGGACACGCAAUUCAGUAACGGAGAAGAUUUCGGGUACCCAGUCACUAACACGAGGAAAAAUAGAAGGAACUUCAUUCCUUCUUUUUCCGAUGAUUCGGUUGCAAGGUAAAAUUGAGUGGUAGAUCAUCAAUAUUAUUUUUCCACGGGUAGAGUUGGUUUAAAAAAAGAGCAUUUUUUUAAAGAAGUCAAAGGAGAGAAAGAAAACAGGCUUUAAUAAAGAAACUUUAGAGAGUAAUUAUUGAUUCAAAAGUUUUUUUAAAGUGUUCAAUAGACCAUGAAUUCAACUACUAAAGCAAGAAAAAAAGUUUCUCCGUGAAAAUUUUAAAAAAAUAUAAACUUUUAUGGUUUUUAAAGAACUUCGCAAUCCAAAUGGUAAUAAGAAAAGGAGAAGUAUUGCAUUGGAACUAAAUUUUCGUUCUGAGAAGAAUCUUCCCUUUGAAUUAAUGAUAAAUUUGAAUUUUUGAACUAACCGUUCAAAGUAAUUUUCGCGAAAUGAAAUUAUCUCUGACUUUCCAAAUUACAGUUAUCUUUCUCACUCUGACAGCUAUUUGGAAUUCGCGGAAUCACUUUGAACCAUAAAAAAAUGAAAAAAAAAGAAAUGGAUUGAACAAAGGAUUCAGGGAUAAUGAAAACGAGGUUUUUUCCUAGUGGGAAAACAAGGAAACUAAAUUAUUCGAUUUUAUCUAAAUUUUGAAUGAAAGAUUCAAAAAAGGAAGUUUUUCAGCAUGAGCCCAAGCCAGUACAAUCUUUUCUCCCCAGUGGAAGGAUCCGUCGGCUUCCAGGAACAUUUCGAACAUGAAUUGGCCUAUUUCAACAACGGACAACAGUACAGUGAAUUUCCGAUGGAGCAGAAUUACUCGACAGGUUAUUACUGAACCGAAAAAACAGAAGCUUAAGUAUUCAAACUUGAGAAAAAUUCUCGAUUUCAGAAUGAAUUCCUGAAGAUUAAAACAGCAAAAAUAUUAGCUAACUAAAAAAGCGGCGCAAUGGUCAAUAAAUCUAAAAAAAAAAGUAGAAGAAGGAAAUCCCCUAACAUGCUACGUAUAGUAGAACUGGACUUGAAUUUAAAAAUUAUCAAAAAUUAUUCCAGUAGAGAAAAAGUACUGCUAUAAAGUUUUUAAUUUGGUUAAGUGUACAGAGGGAUUACCGACAAGGAUCGAUUGAACAUCUAAAAAAGCUACAAAAGGGAAUAAAAAAACGUAAGCGUUGUUUUGCUGAACAGACUUACGGACCCAUGUUUCCAGGAUCAAUAAUAAUAUAAAUUCAUAGUUCUUCUAAAAAAACUCAAGAUGGAUUAACGAUAAACAGACUAGUUUUGAAAUCGGAAUCUUAAAAAAAUUUUUUUCACAAGCGUUAUUUUUCUGUUUUUUUCACGAACCUCAAAUUUCACGAAAAAAUAUUUCUAUGUUUUUUUAGAUCUUUUGAAAAUUCAAAGCAACACACUGUUGUUAAUUUAAAUCAUUUUAAAGUUUGUUAGAUUUAGCAUUUUUUGAAUUUAUAUUUUAAAUUGAAGCUACGCAAACUUUAUCAUCCGCCUUAAAUAAGUUUUUGUUGAAAAAAAAACGUUAAAAAUCAGUACGACAAUAGUCUCAAUCAAAUAAAAAAAGAACUUUUCUAAAAAAAUUCAGUAACUUUUCAGAGGUCUCGCAGUUGCGCGGAACAUUUUCUCGAGGCCGCGGUGGAAAAUCCAAAAACAAUAACCAUGCGAGGAAUGGAAGCCUCAGAACGUCCUCAUCGGCUAGCUUUUCGUCCCCGACGCCUUCUCGCUGCUCGUCUUCUGCGGCUCACAAUCUCCUUGGGAUUCCGGAGAUGCAACAACACCUCGUGUCUCUGAUCCAAUCGCAAAAGUACAAUGAACUGCAGCAGUUUGUGCAGCUGCUCUCCAGCGAGCCAAUGUGCAACUUCCUACUUGAGCAGAGUCAAGCUCCCUUGCAAAGUAAGAACUUUGGGUAAGAAGAAGUAUUGAAACGGAUAAAAAAAAUAUAAAAAAAAUAAACUUAUGUUAAUGACCGAGAAGACGUCAAGAGUGCACCUUGGCGCAGUUUAAUCUUGCUCUGUCUAAUUACGAGACACAUUUUUUCAAGAUUUUUUUUUUUCGUUUUUACAGUUUUUUGUUCGAAAUGGGCUAUAAGUUUCGAAAAAGUAGCUUCAAAUGUCAUUUUGUAUCUUGGUUUUCUUGUUGAAAAAGAUAUUUAAAAAUAGAAUCACCUUUUUUCAGAAAUAACUUUUAAGCAUUUUCAGGUUACCCUUUUAAUAUUAUUUUUAUUAUAAUGUGGAAAAGAGCCAGGCGUUUUCUGAAUCGAAAAAAAAAAUGAAUUUCAGAAGAUUUUACUGAGUUCUGAGUGCCUUCCGUUUGAGAAGCGGUUAUUGUUCAAAAGUUUCUUUUUUCUAACCCUCUGUAAAUUAAUUUCAAUCCUUCCUCUCAUUUUUAAAAAUUAUGAUGUGUUUCCAAGUUUUCAUGUUGCGCCUUUCCAGAUUAUUUGCCGUCGCCCAAGCCUGAAAAGAGGAAUCAUGUGUUCUACGAGCCGGAAAUCGUCCACAAGUCGGUCAGCCAAUGCUCCAUGCGAUCCAACAAAUCGCGAGUUUAUUCCAACAAAGUUUUCGUCGGCGGAAUUCAUCCCAACAUGAGCAAAUGUUCCCAUUUCAUCAUUCCCUUUUUAUUCAUUGUUUACAGCUAUAAUUGAAAGCUUCUUCUCCUACUUUGGAAACGUUUUCUUCGAUUGGCCCACGAGAACCGUGCUGAACAGCUUGGGUUUUUGAAUAAUUCCGAAGAGAAAUUGAAUAAUUUGAUCAGAUCGUCUUGACCACAAAGCGACGCCUUAUCUUUUCUUGGUUUAUCCGGAAGAAGACUCGGUUCGAUCUCUUAUCAGCCACUGCAGUGUCAACGAACGCGAAGAAUACUUCGUCAAAGUCCAGGGUUUCGAGCAGUAUCAGGUCGAAAAUGCCCAUAUUUUACCAAAUAAGGAAAAUGUUUUUAAGAUUCAAGUCCGUCCUUGGCUCAUGCAGAACGCCGUCUAUUUCGCCAAUGAUCUUUCACUCGACGACAAAAUUAUCGAAAUCCAUCGAACCGUUUUCGUCGGAGGCUUGCCAAGGAUCGUCACUGCUCGUAAUUAAAAAACGAUUUUAAAAACAAAAAAUAUGAAUUCAGGUUCGAUCGCUGAGCUUUUUUCCGAGUUCGGGAAGGUUCUUCUGGUGAAUAUCGACGUGGACCAGGAUUAUGGUUAUCCGAAGGUAAAACAAACUUUGGAGGGGAAAACUUAGAGCUUUUGGAAAAAAAUUUCCCUAGGCCGAAAUUUGGCUUUCAAGGACAAUUCGUCAACGUUUUUGGUCGUUGUUAAAAUAAAAAUAGUAACCUUUUUUUUUCGAUUUUCCCUUUCGAUUCAAGAAUUGCACAUAAAAAUAAAGGAAGUGUUUGAAAGUUUUGAACGGCUCUUUUGCGGCUUUCUCCCUGGAGCGCAACUAGUUUUCUAUCUUUUUUUACAUUCUUGUUUUUUUUUUCCGUAGAUUUUAUCCUUGAGGUGUGUUCAAAGUGAUUUCCGCGAAAUGCAUAAUUAUCUCUGACUCGCCUUAUUUUAUUUAUCUUUCUCACUCUCUGACGGCUAUUUCGAAUUCCGCGGUAUUGCGGAAUUAAGUGCAGCAAAAAAGCAAAUACAUGAAAAUUAUAAUGAUAAAAAAUCAGGGAGCCGCUCGUGUGACAUUUGAGAAGGAUUUUUCCGUGCGUGAAGCUCUGAAUGCUCGUUUUUUGAAGCUGGUGGACAUUGAUUCCAACAAAACGGUAGAUUUUCCGAAAAAUAUUAAUAUCCUUGACGGAUGAGCUUUGAAGAACGUGGAGAUCAAGCCGUAUGUGAUGGAAGACGUGGCCUGCGACGAAUGCGGGGGUCUCUGGUUCAAUCCCGUCGCCAAAGUGAUUCAAGGACUUCUCGACGUGAAAAAGUGCCGCGAUUUGGAGAACGGCCUGUUACAGAAAGAAAACCGAGAAGGAAGAUGUUGAUAAAACGGCUGAAGGAAACGGUUAGGGCUUAUAGAAAAUUUGAAAUUAGCCUUUUUUUCUUGAUUUUUAGAGAGGAGUUCGUGAACCUUGAGAAGAAGUAAAACUUAUGAGAAAUCGUGUUUUCAGGCUUUAUAUAUUUUAAAAAGGCGAGUCUAGACCAAUAUUUGAAAGAAUUUUGAAUAUGAAAAAAAAGAAAAACAAAAGAAAAAAUUGUUUCCAUUAUGAAAAGAAAUGCCUAAAAGUUUGCAUUAUUUUCUUUAAAAUCUCCCGAAUUUAUAAAUUAUACAUGUUGGUUUCUAACUUGUUGAAAUUUGCAUAUUUCAUGCGAAAAUAAUAAAAAUAAAAUUUUAUUUUUUUAUCCCGCUGCGAAUAAUAUUUUGGUUUUGAACUCUCUUGAAAAAUUUUUUUCUGACUACUCGCUCAUAAUUUUUUUGCUAAUAUUUUUUUCAUAUUUUUUUAUUUUUCCUUCUAAACAGUCCUCUUUUUGUAUCAAAAAAAUAAAAGUCGCAAUAUUUUUUUAAUCUUUGGAUUUUCAAAAAAAUAUCCAUGUUGAUUUCAAAAAUAGUUGAAAUUUGCACUGUUCAUGGCAAAAUAUCAAGAAUACAGUUAAUUUUUCUAUACUGCGAAAAAUUUUUGAGUUUUAAAUCUUGAAAACAUCUUUUAAUUAAAGUUUUCACAAAAAUUAUGACAUAUUUUUCAGAGAUGAAACACUCGAGCAGCUGGCCGCUUUCCAGCAACUCGCAGCACAAUUUCGAGUUUUUGCCCGAACGUCCUGUUUCUGAAACUCUUGGCUAUUACAACAUCUGGAGCUCCGACUACUUCCGUCCCAACUCGGCCCCUCUUCCUAAUACUCUCGAGUAAAACUAGAUGUCAGAAUAAAUAAAAAAUACAUUUUUCGCAGGCCUGAUAACGUUCCGAACGUGGCGAUUCCAACGAUUUCGAGCUCGUUGGACGACGUAAACGCUCUGCUGGAAAUGAAGACGUUGGCCGAAAUCGUCGUGGAACUCGCCAAGGAGUUGAACAUCGGCUUCGGAGAAAUCUACGAUCAUUUUCUCGCUUCGCCAGCUCCCGUUGAUCAGACGCGCUCUUCUUUCAAGAUUUAUAACUCGGUUUGUUUCUUGGGAGAAUUGGAAGCCGAAUAAUUCUCUUGUCUCAAAACCGCGACAAGCUAACGCGCAAUGAGCUAUAAUUAUUCACAGAAAAGAAAAAAUAUUCAUAUCUGUAUUUUGAAAUAAGGAGCCUCUUUAUAGACUAUCUGAAUAAAGCUGUUUCAUCUAGUAUUUGAUAAUUUCUUGUUUGAGUAAGUUUAUCUAACUUUUAAAGUCUUUUUUUUUAACCAGGACAAAGAAAAUGAUCUUUUGGCUAAGAAGAAAAUCUUGGCGGAUCUUUUUUUUCAAAUUUGAUAGAAGAUUUCUACGGCUAGGUACCGGAUUUUUUUUUAUGAAUAUCCAAAAAAUUCGUUUUUCUUUCUAUUUCUGUACUAAGGACAUUUGUCUAGGCGCGUUUAACGUUCUUUUUUAACAACAUAGGGUGAAAACUUUGAAAACCAUAUCUUCAGCAAGUCCGCAACUCGCUGGAGCAGUUCUACAAGGCGCAGAGCGGCGGCGCCGGACCGAAUAUCAAAAAUCGAAGCUCUUAUUGUCCAGAUCCCAUCUGUCGCCAGUAUUUCUGUCCGGUUUGUGAAUUUAUGAUUAACUCACGAUUAAAAUAAUGAAAGAAGGAAAAGGAUGAGUAAUUAUGACCGAUUGGGUCAGUUUUUACUUCCAGGAAGAAAAUAAGAAUUCUUGAAGGGAAAUUUAGUUGGGACCAUUUUCACUUCCUUUCCAGUUUUAUUAAAUUUUUCAAGUUUUUCUUCAAAAAAAUAUUAAUGAAAAUCGAGAAGAUGUUAGAACUCGUUUUCAUUUUAGCAUUAAAAAGGCCCAUUCCGUUGAAAAAAAAUUUAAAAUAUUUUGAAAAACAAUCUUAAAAAUAAAUUUAUUCAAGUGAUCAGUUUGCUCUGAACUUUGUUACAAGUGGUGGUUGAAGCCAAUAAGUUAUUCAAGCAUUCUUUUUUUAGUCUUGCAACCACGCCCGCCAUUUCGAUCAGGAUCGUCCGAUUUUUGGCCCCGAACAUCUCGUUGUUUCCAGCUUGAAGAAUGUUCGCCUAUCACUGUAUUAAAAAUCAAAAAUCUCCAUUUUCAGGACCAGAAACGCAGUCGCAAGGACAAGCCAAUGUACCUGGUUCAGCAGAUUUGA